AUGUCAGAGAAACACGAGAAGUCAUUAAGUCCUGUUCCUUCACACGAAGGCCAGGUGCUAGAAGCACAGCACGAUGCUGUCUUUGGUGAAAUCACCGAAGAAGGCCCCAAUUACCGCAAUGUAGGAUGGCUGGGCACAGCAGUCUUGAUGAUGAAGACCCAAAUUGGUCUCGGAGUCUUGUCCAUUCCUGUCGCCUUCGAUUCAUUAGGCAUAGUUCCCGGCGUAAUCGUUCUGAUUGUGAUUGCCGCGAUCACUACAUGGUCCGACUACAUUAUCGGUGUUUUCAAACUGAAACACCGCGAGGUCUACGGAAUUGAUGAUGUCGGCGAGCUGUUACUUGGUCCCAUUGGAAGAAUCUUGCUUGGAGGCGCAUUCGUCCUUUGGUGGGUCUUCGUCGCCGGCUCGGGAAUGCUGGGAAUUUCCAUCGGCCUCAAUGCUGUCUCCGACCACGCCGUUUGCACAGCCGUCUACGUUGCCAUUGCUGCGAUUGUGGCAUGUAUCCUCGGUAGUAUCCAAACAUUAGGCCGUCUCUCCUGGCUCGCUUGGAUCGGUCUGUUCUCCAUUCUAACCUCAAUCUUGAUCGUCACUGUCGCCGUCGGUAUCCAAGACCGCCCAACAGCCGCUCCUAAGGAUGCCGUCUGGGUUCCAGACUACAAGAUCGUCGGAGACCCAGACUUCACCAGCGCCAUUACCGCCGUCUGCACCAUCGUGUUCGCUUACGCCGGUACCCCCGCCUUCUUCUCCAUCGCCGCCGAGAUGCGAGAGCCCCGUCACUUCAACCGAUCGCUCUUCCUCUGCCAGGGCGUCGUCACCGUAUACUACCUUGUGAUCGGAAUUGUGAUCUACUACUUCUGCGGCUCCUACGUUUCCUCCCCCGCUCUUGGCUCUGCUGGUCCAGUCGUCAAGAAAGUGAGCUAUGGAUUCGCUCUGCCCGGCCUGCUGGUCAGCACAUUACUUUUCAUUCACAUCACCGGUAAAUACGUCUUCAUCCGAAUCCUCCACGGCUCGCGCCACCUAGCAGCAAACACCUUGACCCACUGGGCAGUCUGGCUCGGUUGCACCAUCGGCACCGCCAUCUUCGCUUAUAUCAUUGCGAGCGCCAUUCCUGUCUUCAGUGAUCUGGUUUCGCUCGUGGGUGCCCUCCUCGGCACUCCCAUGUGCUUCCAGCCAAUGGGUGGUAUGUGGUUGUAUGACAACUGGAGCAAGGGCAAGGAAAGUGGCCGGUCGCCCAGGUGGAUAUUCAUGGUCUGUUGGUGCAUCUUUGUCAUCGUGGCUGGAUUCUUCUUGAUGAUUGGAGGUACUUAUGGAUCCGUUGUUAGCAUUAUCAAAAGCUAUGCGGAAUCUGGAGGCUCGGCUGCCUGGUCUUGCGCCGAUAACUCUGUGUAG